UGAAUUAAGAGGGUUUAAUUUCCCUUAUUUUUUCCCCGGCCACAUGGUAUUAUUUUGUCUCUUUGCCACUUUCCACACUUUCCUUCCUUUUUCCUCCCCUCAUGUUUUUGGUCUCUUUGAACCAUAUAAAUACCUCAUGUAUACUAUUUGUCCCAAACUCCCAAACUCUUCUACCUUUUCCCAUUUUUUUCUUCUUUAAUUUGAUCACAAUGAUGAUAGAGUCUUGGAAUCCUCCUCUCCUACAUGACUACUCAAAGCUUUCGCGACUACAGAAUAGUCGCGACUGCUCUAAUGAUGGGGCAAACCUCAGCACUGAAAAAGUACUUAUGAUGAAAGAGUUGGAACUUCCGCUGAUAGACCUAAACGAUCUGAAAAGUGAAAUUGAGAGAGAAAAGAUUAAAUGUGAAAAUGCGAUAGCCAAGGCUUCAUCUGAAUGGGGUUUUUUUCAAGUUGUAAACCAUGGUGUGAGCCUUGAAUUACUUAAAAAAAUGAGAAGAGAACAAAUGAAAUUAUUUAAGGCACCAUUUGAGAUGAAAGCUACUUGUGGAUUGUUAAAUAAUUCAUAUAGAUGGGGGAAUUCAACAGCUACUUGUCCAAAACAAUUUAAUUGGUCUGAAGCUUUUCAUAUCCCUUUGACAAAAAUUUCAGAAGCUGCUUAUUAUGGAGAGUUCACAACUUUAAGGGAAGUGAUGGUGGAAUAUGCAACUUCAAUGCAAGAUUUAGCCAAAUCACUUGCUAGUGUUCUUGUGAGGAAAUUAGGCCACAAAGAUGGUGAAAUUGGAGAAAUUUGCAAUGAGAGUGCAUGUUUUCUUAGAUUAAAUCACUAUCCACAAUGUCAAAUAUCACAAGAAAUAUUUGGAUUAGUGCCACAUACAGAUAGUGAUUUCUUAACAAUACUUCAUCAAGAUGAAGUUGGUGGACUUCAACUAAUGAAAGAUUCCAAAUGGGUUGCUGUCAAGCCUAACCAAAAUGCACUUAUUGUCAACAUUGGAGAUCUUUUUCAGGCUUGGAGCAAUGAUGUGUAUAAAAGUGUGGAACACAAAGUGAUUGCAGAUGGGAAAAUGGAGAGGUUCUCAAUAGCUUAUUUCCUUUGCCCUUCUUAUGAUUCUUUAAUUGGAAGUUGCAAAGAACCUUCCAUCUAUAAGAAAUUCACUUUUGGAGAAUACAGAGAUCAGAUUCAACAAGAUGUCAAAUUGAUUGGCCAUAAAGUAGGUCUUUCAAGGUUUCUUCUAUAGCAUUUACCACAUAUAAUAAUUAAAAAAAAUCACUACCAGGAAAUCGCUAAUUUUCGGAAACUUUAGUGACAAACCAAAUCUCAAUGGAUUCCAUCAGAAAUUAGCGGUUUUCUGAUAAUGAAUACAAAAUAUUGGGAUCAUACUAAGGUCUGAGAAUAUGGUUUCUUUCGUGAAAUACGAUUUUCAAGGUACUCAUUGGUCCUCGAUCCCGGAAGGAACACAAGAAAAGAUUUUGUUCUAUUUUACCCACAUACGCAUACAUACAUAUAUAUAUAUAUAUGUAGAUCGAUUUAUGUUAUAUAAUUCUAAAACUAAAGUAGACGAGAGGAAUGUACUCUUUGUUUACUUCUUUUUAUUUGGGAGAGAGAGUAAAGAUUACUUUUGUAUGUUUAUUAUUGUUCUCUAUUUGAUAAAUGAAGAUAAGAGUUAAAUUUCGCCA